UCUGGCCCGGCUCUAGAAGCCUUAAGAGAGCCGGGACGAUGCCGGCGCCCGCCCUCCUUGUCCUGGUGCUGAGUGUGGCGACGGCCGCGGCAGAUCAGAUAAAAGAGAAUCGAGUCAAAUCAGCGAUGGCCAAGACAACUUCUCCUAGAUGGCUGUCGUUUAAGUCCUCUGAACAGGAAGGCAUUCAGAAAGAUCAUCCAACUUACAAAUGCCUUUGGGAGAAAGAAAAGUUGUUGCUUCUUAAAAAUGGAAAGAAAUUUGACCUCAAAUCUGAAACGAGGGCAAGUACUUACAAGAACAAAAAACUCCUGCUUCUAAAUAGAGUCUUAAAAUUUUCUCUUUAUCAAGAAAAACAAGCAAACAAUGGAAUCAGAAAAGCAGCUUUGCCCCAACGAAGGGGAAAGGGAAAAGUCAUCCCAGCUUUAAGAAAAACAAGGGUGUCAGCAUUGGUGAGAAAAACAAGUCUAGAGAAACAGAAGAAUGUGAAGGUUGAGCUGCAAAAGGAAUUGGAAAAUGAUCCAAGUAGGAAAAUAAGGCUGCCAGCAAAAACCCCCCUCCAGAUAGCCACAGAGGACCUUGACUGGUUGGCCAGAAAAUGGCGGUGGUUAAAAGGGGCAUUUUUAAAAGCACCCCUAAACACCUUAGUAUCAAUUGUAAGAAAAAAUCAGGGGAUCAAAAGAAACCCAGAGAAGGAUUCCAAGCCACAAAAGGAUAACCUCAGCAGUGGACCUUUCAAACCAGAAACAACAGCACAGGAAGGUAUCAGAACAUGGAAACUGUAUAAUCUGAGGAUAGUAUAUAAGCACCCUUGCAAAUCAGUAAAUUCAGAAAGAACUCCAAUUGGGAACAGUAGAGGAGAGCCAGAGAAAGACAAAAUCAUUCUGAAAGCCCUUUGUGGAAGACUAGGGUCUUUAAACACAUCAGCGAAUGGUGACAAUACUUGGAGAGUAAAAUCAAGAAAAAGAUAUUUUGGAUGUCACACAAAAAUGAAUAGAAAGGGUCUUCCGACCUCCUUAACCUCCAGGAAAACAGAAUCAAUGGCAAUCCAAAGGACCCAAAGAUUUGGGAACAGGGUCAUUUUGACUGUCACAGAAUAUGUUCACAUUCCUGAUGACAAUUCUAGAGACCCUUACAGGAGACAGAAUAGCACAGAGUCAAUAGAUAGUCUCAUUCUUUCAAGAAAUGAAAGUCAAGAAACUAAAUCAUCAAUUUCAGACUUUAUACAAAAAACCCUAAAAUUCUUAUUUAAAAUGAUAUUAAAAGACAGAGAACACAGGAUAAAAAUUUGGCCACUCUAUGGAAGGGUGCCUUUACAACUUCGUGAAAGAAAGGCAAAUACAUUUCAAAGGAAGAUUGACAGACUGGUGAACCAAGAUGGAAGUCAAACAGAUCCAAGAGUUCCCAACAGAAAACCAGAAGUGGCCCCAGGAGCACCUGCACUGGAAGAUGAGGGGAAAGCACCUCAGUGGAUAAGGUUUGCUCCUUUCGGUGAACUAAGCAAGAGACGGAAACGUGAUGCUGAUGAGGAUGAUACGAUGGCGCAAGUCUCUCUAGAUUUUCUGCAUCACUUAUCAUCCCUUCUCGGGAUUGGGGUUGGUGUUAUUGCCGUGGCUUUCAUUGUUCUGUCGAUAGUGGUCGGCAUCCUAUUUUACAAACGGAGGGAACUAUUUCAGGUUUCCAGAGUUACAGUAACUGAUAGAAAAAGUCGGGGGAAAUCAUCCAGUACCAUAACGGAUCCACAUUGCAAUGGUCUUUCUUUGUCUCGAUGUUUUCAUUCUAGUGGAUUACAGGCCUCAAGAGGUAAAGAAUUAGAACUUCAAGAAGCUCUUCAAAAAAGUAAGCGAAGGGAUUUGGACUUUGUGAUGACCUCCAUAACUUCAGACACCUCGGACAAUGGGAGGAGCAUGACUCCAGACCGGAGUUCCUUGUCAUCAUCCUUAUCAUUGAUUUCUUUUUAUAGCCAAAGCUUAGAAAUCUCUAGGGACUGGUUUUCUGAUGAAGAGGGCUCCUCAAUGAAGAGCAGCCUCAUGGACAGAGUGCAAGUGUACUUAGACACCAUGGAUACUUCUGAAAACCUUGAACAAUUUCAGUGUGGCAUGGCAGUCAAUGAGGAUCAAAAACAUCUCGUCUUAGAAAAGGCAAAUCAACAGAAAAUGCAGAUGCCUCAAUCAGUCUCUAUCCCUCUUGAAGUUUCUUCUGGCAUCCCAUGUCCACUAGUAUCAAAGGAUGACCCCUCCAAAGUUUCCAAUAAUAUCCCACCACAAUCACACACUGAUGCCGCCAAUGUUUCUUUUGUCAUCUUGUGCCCACCACAAUUAAAGACUAAUGCUUUAAAAACUACUCCUGACAUCCUGGAUCCACCAAAAUCAAAGGAGCGCCCCUCCAGACCUUCUACUAGUAUCCUGCUAAAAUCAGUCUGUAGUGUCUCAAAAGCUGCUUCUGAACCUCAAUUGAGCAAAACAUAAAUGGAAAUUCUCAUUUCUGAGCCUAAGAAGAUCCAGACCAAGGAAGAGCUUGUUUUAAGUCUGUGGCUCAAAAUAAUUCUUCUGAAAUUCUGAAAAUAAUUAGACAGAGCCUCCUUACCCUGGAUCAUACAACCUAAAAUCGUGCCUCCGAUGCAUAGAACAAGCAUCGCAGCACAGAUUUAACUUACUUGUGAAUAAAUUAUAUUUAAUUAUCAGCA